AUGUGGCAUGGAUUACAAGAAAAAAGGAAAAUGGUGGGUGCAAGAAUGUUAAUUCUGGUGGUCUCUUGGUGUUCCUUGUCGCUGCUUAAUGCGCAACAGAUGACGCAUCCAUUGGAUGUGAGUGCUCUGAGGGCGGCUCGCCGCGGCCUGGGGGAUCCCAUGAAUAACCUGGGAGACUGGAAAAACACAGAUCCAUGCUCUUCUAAUUGGACCGGUGUCUUCUGCUUCUCUGAUCCCUCCGAUGGCUACCUUCAUGUUCAAGAAUUGCGGUUGCUGAACAUGAACCUCUCCGGAAGAUUGGCUCCAGAGCUCGGCUAUCUAUCCAAUUUGACCAUUUUGAACUUCAUGUGGAACAACCUCGGCGACCAUGUCCCUGCACAAAUUGGCAACUUGACUCAUCUCAAGUUCUUGCUACUGAGUGGGAAUAAACUGUCAGGGCGUUUGCCGGAAGAGCUGGGUUCUCUCUCGAGCCUCUUAAUCUUUCAAGUUGACUACAACAACAUCUCUGGAGAACUACCUAAGUCACUUGCAAACCUGACUAAACUCAAGCACUUCCAUAUGAAUAACAACUCCAUCAGCGGUCAGAUUCCGCCCGAGUAUUCUGCAUUGUCUGAUCUUCUUCACUUCUUGAUGGACAACAACAACCUAUCUGGGUAUCUUCCCUCAGAGAUGUCUCAGAUGCGUAGCUUAAAAAUCCUGCAACUUGACAACAACAACUUUGUUGGGAAUGGAAUCCCAUCUUCCUAUGGAAGCAUACCGAAUCUCCUGAAAUUGAGUCUCAGGAACUGCAACUUGCAAGGACCAGUUCCUGAUUUGAGCAAGGCACCGUUCCUUUACUACUUAGAUCUCUCCUCCAACAAACUUACAGGAAACAUUCCGACAAACAGGUUCUCUGGCAAUAUCACAACAAUUGAUCUGUCAAACAACAUGCUCGAUGGAUCCAUCCCUUCAAAUUUUUCGGGUCUUCCUCGAUUGCAGAGACUGUCUCUACAGAGCAACAUGUUAAGCGGCGAGAUUCCUUUGCUAUGGCAGAACAGGAUCUUCGAUGCAGAGGCGAAGCUGAUCUUGGACUUGCGAAACAACUUCCUCUCGAAUGUUUCAAGUGGCCUAUUAUUAAGCCCUCCUCCCAACGUCACUAUCAAGCUGUAUGGGAACCCAAUAUGCUCAAGAGCUAAUGAGUCGAACAUAGGAAACCUCUGUGGUAUCUCCAAUAUAGAAAUUGAAAAACCUCCAGGAGGCUCUUCAAAUGAUGACUGCAAACGCCAGUCAUGUCCUAAAGACGAUAACUACGAGUACGUUGUGGGAUCACCAUUCCCAUGCUUCUGUGCACUGCCCAUCCAUGUUGGACUGCGGCUGAGGAGCCCCAGCUUCUCCGAUUUCCGACCUUACCUUCUUCCUUACUUGAUUGACUUGGCUCCCAAGCUCGGCCUGCACCUGUACCAGUUGUUCAUCUCUUCCUUCACAUGGCAGGUCGGCCCCAGGCUUGUCAUCAACUUGACUAUUUUUCCUGAGUACAGUGAUUUCACCAACCGCUUCAACUUCUCUGAGCUUCACCGUCUUGUGGACUUCGUCGCCACUUUUUCUCUGUCUUCCAACGAUGCUUAUGGCCCCUACGAGAUUCUCUAUAUUUCCCUCCUUGGUCCUUACAAAAACUCCUCCUAUCCUAUCAAGACAAUUAAAUCUGGCAUGAGCAAAGGCGCUAAAGUUGGAGCCGCUUUAGGAGCCAUUUCUUUGUUUCUUGCACUAUCCUCGGUUGUUUCACUCCUUGUCAUGAAGGCGAGAAGGAAAGGGAAAGCAAAGGAGGCAUCGAAGAAACAACCAAUUGCCAAGUCCCCAAUCAACAUGGAGAGCGUAAAGGGAUUCAAUUUCGAAGAACUUGAAGCAGCUACAAGCAGUUUCAACGACGGCUCUCAGAUCGGUCGAGGAGGCUAUGGAAAUGUCUACAAAGGCCUUUUACCCGAUGGCACCAUCGUGGCCAUCAAACGCGCACAGCAAGGCUCUCUUCAGGGCCAGAAAGAGUUCUAUACUGAAAUCGAAUUGCUCUCCCGGUUACAUCACCGCAACCUUGUUUCUUUGCUCGGAUACUGCGACGAGGAAGGGGAACAGAUGUUGGUGUAUGAGUUCAUGCCCAAUGGUUCUCUUCAAGAUGCUCUUUCUGCUAGAUUCAGACAACCUCUGAGUUUCGGUAUGAGACUGCACAUUGCAAUGUGCUCAGCCAGGGGCAUUUUAUAUCUGCAUACGGAAGCCGACCCUCCAAUCAUCCACAGAGACAUCAAACCCAGCAACAUUCUUCUGGACGCCAAGUUCAACCCUAAAGUUUCAGAUUUUGGAAUCUCAAAGCUUGUACCAGCGCCAGAUGGAGCUGGAGUGCGUAGAGAUCACGUAACAACGGUCGUGAAAGGAACCCCGGGCUACGUGGAUCCAGAAUAUUUCUUAAGCCACAAGUUAACAGAGAAGAGUGAUGUGUACAGCCUUGGGAUCGUGUUUCUAGAAAUUCUGACAGGAAUGCGCCCCAUCUCACAUGGAAGAAACAUCGUCCGAGAGGUCAGGGAAGCUUGCGAGUCUGGGAUGAUGAUGUCAAUAAUAGACCGGAGCAUGGGUCGGUACACCUGGGAAUGCGGGAAGAGAUUCAUGGAACUAGCGCUCAAGUGUUGUCAGGACAAGCCCGAGGCUCGUCCGACGAUGCUGGAGAUCGUGAGGGAGCUGGAGAAUCUAUACGUGAUGCUUCCCGAUUUGGAGAAGUCUGAUUCGAGCUCCCCCAUCCAAUCCAACAUCUCCUUUUCAGAAUUCACGGGAAGUGAGCUCGUCAGUGGCGUCAUCCCCUCCAUCAGACCCCGCUAAUAUGUUCUGAGACGACUUGGACUGGUUUGUGUUAUGUGGACUCUUGGUUUCUGUUGUUGUUUUUUACUGUAUGAUAUAUCCAACGCUUGUACUGAAGAAGAUACCUUGUGUUGUCUCUGUUCCUCAUUGAC